AUGUCGCUCUUCCAGGUCAUCUUCGAUUAUGCUGCACCAGUGUUCCUCGUCACGUCGCCAGUGACGUCCUAUGCGGACCAGAUCCUGAGCAUCCAUCGCACAAGAAGCUCGGCUGGCUUCUCACUGGACAUUCCCCUGAUCAUGCUGAUUUCCUCGGUUUUGAAGAUUUACUACUGGUUUGGAGAAUACUACUCGUAUACUCUGCUCACGCAAGCAAUUGUUAUGAUAGUGGUUCAAUCGAUCCUCCUCAAGGUUGCGCUGGACAAUCGCCCCUCCUCUGGUGGAAGACAUGGAAUUGAGCAUGCGCCUUUCAGCGAUGCAGGCUCUGAAGCGCCCACGAGGCCUUAUGAGUUCUGGCAGUGGAAGAACGACAGGCCAUACUGGAUGUUCCUCGCCUACUUCGUCGGUGUCCUCGGUGUGAUUCACUUGACCCCGAUCGGUCAAAUCGACUACUACAUCAGCUUCCUCGGCUACGUUGGACUUGCCGUGGAAGCCACUCUGCCCCUCCCUCAAAUCGUCGCGAACCACCGAUCCGGCUCAUGCAAGGGCUUCCGAGUGUCAGUCAUCGCGGCUUGGAUUCUUGGUGAUACCAUGAAGAUGAGCUACUUCUUUAACAGCUCUGAGACCAUUCCGUGGGCGUUCAAGCUCUGCGGUAUGUUCCAGUGCGUGUGCGACUUCUACCUUGGGUUCCAGUUCUAUAUGUUUUCCCGGAAAACAUCCACAUCCCACUCGCGACAUGUGUCUACUCACUCCCGUCAUACAUCGCAUACUGCGGGCAGUUCUGAACAAAACAGUCGCUGGGGUCACGAGCCGAAGGACAUUCGCAUGAACUGA